CCAGCAUUUAUUACAAACCUCAGCCUCUCGUGUGUCAUUACUGGGUCCUUAGCGAGAAAUACCGCCGGAAUCGCCAACUCCGGCCACACGCAUCAUCCCUCUUCCCGCGUGACUUGAAGAGAGAGUCAAAAGGCCCACUCGAAAAUCAGCAGUCUCAAACACCGAGCCUCGCAACAAGCUCGGCCUCGAGAUUGGACGAGACAGAGACAGAGAUCGACCCUCAAACUCAGAUACAUCCAAUGACUACUCCAGCAUCUCCUCGGCCCGGCUGGGCUCCCUCUUCCGCAGCAUUGCCAUCUGACCUUGAACCUCCCUCAGCCUUCCCCCAGGAUGCCUUCCCUCGCCUCUCCGUGCCAACGCCGACACGGCUGAUGCUGGGAACGAUAUCGUCAGCCCUCAUCGGCUUCUCCCUGGGGGCCACGCAGGGUGGGCAGAUGGCGCAGCUGCGGUUCCGGGCCGAGCACGCCCACAAGAUGCCAGACACGACGACGGGGUGGUAUUUCUACCACAAGAGCAAGAAUUACCACGCCAUGCAGGGCGGCAUACGCGAGGGCUUCCGCAUGGGCCUCAAGACGGGCCUCUGGAGCAUGAUGGCCCUGUCCCUCGAGAGCACGGUUGAUCGAUAUCGCGGGGCGAGCGACAUGUUUUCCACCACCAUAGCCACCCUGACAGUGGCUGGCGCAUUUUCUCUCUGGCGGCCUCUUGCGCCGCCUCCCGUGGAGCAUGGAAAGCGACGGGUAGAUAUUGCGACGUGGACAAGAGGUGGUGGAACCACGCCGAUGUUCGGCCUCUCGCGUCUAGAUCGCUUGUCAUUCACAACGGCCGCCCGGACCGCCAGGUACGGGCUCAUGUUUGGACUCGUCUACGGUGGCAUCCAGGACCUCGUCGGCUUAGCCCGAGGGAGACCGAUCGGAUACGUCGAGUUCCUUCGGCGCCGUGGUGGACGAGGUUCUGGUCAGUCCCACAGUGAUCACGAGGACGACCAACCAGCAUCUUGAGCCCGGCGGCCCGGACUUUUUGGGGGAUGAAAAGGAAGACUGGGGGAAGCAGAGGCGAAGGCACAAGGACCCAGCCAUUGCCGGGGUGGAGCCCGGCGUGGCCUCUUGUUUGGUGUGGGCGCCUCUCCCGUGGCCGACGGCGAGCGGCUUUGCUCGGUCUUUGUGGAGCCAUGUCAAUGAGGAGAUGAGGAGGCAUGACGAGCAAAGCUUUGCAGAAUUGGUUGAUGGAACUCCGACUAGCCCGGUCCAGGCCAGAGAUUGAGAAGCAGAGCCGCCAUCAUCUCGGCACAAGGGGGUUGCAUCGAGCCUUAUCUGCCGGCCGAGAGCCCCUCUCCACUAUCACCACUUGGAGGCCCACGAUGGCCAAGACAUUGAUAUCACGAUGUCUGUGUUUCUGUGUGUGCAGAGCAUAACGUGUACUAUACGAUCAUUUCUAGGUUAGGAAUUCCUAUCAACAAAUGUAAAUGCAAAUCUC